AAAAGGCAAAAGGAAGUAAGAUCGAUCUCUGUGUCUCUCUCCUGUUAUGCAUGCGAUCAAAGAAGAAACAGAAACUAAAGACUCAUUGUCUUCUUCUUCACUUUAUUUCUCUGUCCACCGAUCCAUCACUCUUUCAUUCCUCACUUUGUUGUUUGAAAAUUGCCUCUUCAAAGUCUCCCCCCAAAAAAAAACCAACCACUGUCACUGCCUUUCUUGAUCAUAUUGGGAUCUUCAUCGUAUAAAGGAGGUUAAUUGUGUCAAUUCACCAAAUAAUUUGAUGGUGAAUUGUUCAUGGGAAAAUGGGUUCCUGAUGGAAUGGCAAAAAAGAGUUUCUUUUCUACUGAAGCUUUUGGAUUAUUGACUGUUACACAAAAACAAGAAAAUAAUAGUUUUUUGUUGUUGUUGUUGUUGUUUUUAUUGUUGGUGUGGGAAGUAAGUUGUAUAUGGGGAGUUCACAGGAGGCAGGGAGCUUUGGGGACCCACAACAAAUAUCAUCUGAUAAUGUUAAAGGUCUCUGCUUGGCUCUCUCUUCAAGUUUGUUUAUAGGGUCCAGUUUUAUUAUCAAGAAAAAGGGUCUUCAAAAAGCUGGUUCAUCUGGGAUCAGGGCAGGUGUUGGAGGCUAUUCUUACUUGGUGGAGCCACUAUGGUGGGCAGGAAUGAUAACAAUGAUUGUCGGAGAAAUUGCUAACUUUGCAGCUUAUGCAUUUGCACCUGCUGUCCUGGUCACACCUCUUGGUGCACUCAGUAUUAUUAUCAGUGCUGCACUUGCUCAUAUGAUAUUGGGAGAAAAACUGCAUAUUUUUGGAAUGGUUGGUUGUGUUCUAUGCGUUGUGGGCUCAACAACCAUUGUUCUACAUGCUCCUCAAGAACGUCAAAUUGAGUCUGUAAAGGAACUCUGGGACCUUGCCACCGAACCUGCGUUCCUCCUAUAUGCAACUUUGAUUGUAGUGGCGGUCGUCAUAAUCAUUGUCCAGUAUGUUCCAAAAUAUGGACAGACUCAUAUAAUUGCUUAUAUUGGAGUUUGUUCACUCAUUGGUUCUAUUGGGGUUAUGAGUGUCCGGGCACUAGGAAUAGCAUUAAAAUUAACAUUCUCUGGGACGAACCAGUUGCUGUAUCCUCAAACAUGGGUCUUUGCAGUUGUCGUAAUGACAUGCGUGUUUACACAAAUGAACUACUUAAACAAGGCUCUUGAUACAUUCAACACAGCACUUGUAUCACCAAUAUACUAUGUAAUGUUCACAUCACUCACAAUAGUUGCCAGCGUCAUCAUGUUUAAGGACUGGAAUGGCCAAACGGCAACUCAAAUUAUUACGGAACUCUGUGGGUUUGUGACCAUUCUGUCUGGCACUUUUCUUCUUCACAAAACCAAAGACUUAGUUGAGGUUUCUUCACAUAUGCGAUAUCCUAAACACGAUGAAGAAGGAGGAUCUGAUCAAGAAGGCAUUCCUCUUAAGCAUCGAGAAUCCAUGCGAUAGCCAAGAUUCAGUUGAAUAUCACAGCAUUUUUCAUGGGUGAGACGGCAACUAUUGAUCCUUCCUGCUCUAUUCGUGGACGACAAUAAGAGGGAAGAAAGUGUUUGGCUUUUUAGCUAAUGCAAUAGUUGCUUUACACAUGCUACAUUAAUUUGUACAUAAAACUACUCCAGGACAAAGUGUAAGUGGGAGCCCAAUUACCGGUAUAUCGUUCUUGUCAUUGUUAGUGGAACUGCCCCAGAAACUCAUAGCAUAGGAGCUGACAUCUCCCAAGAACUUAAGGAAAGACAUUCCGGCAGGUGCUUGCAGAAUUUCUCUAAAUAUCUUAGUGAAGUUUGAAAUUGAUGCAUUUGGGAAUACCUUAUUCAUUUAUGGCCCUUCAAUGGAGAGAAUCAUAUGGGGCUCUCCCAUUCUUGUACCUAUUUUCGUAGCUUUACUUGUAACAAUGUCCAAAUGAAUGAAAGACAGGUAGUUGAUGCUUUAAGACUGUUGGUUAUUUUUUAAGGAAGCUCCAACUCCCUCAAUUAUUAAUUAAGGGAUAGACUUGCUUGA